AUGUCUCAAAUCACCGAGUCCUGUCUCAAAAUGUCGGCCGACAGCCUACCUCAACACAACCGCGAGCUUACCCUGCGGAGGUACAUGUUACUCCAGGAUGAACAUGAAUCGAUCCGUCAACAUCUUGAUCAGAUCUCUACCACAUCAUCUUCCUCGGCAAACACCAAAACGACAACGUCACCCACGCUCGGCCCCACGCGUCCGUCCGGCAACGGAGCAUUCUCAGGCCACAGACGGACUGAAUCAGCCGCUAGGAGGGCGAGCAUGCCGCAGUAUGACAUGCCGCGACCACGCUUCCACCGAAGGGCCGGAGCACGCGCAGUUUCCGCUGAGGCGGAGACGUCCUUUGACCAGGAAACAUUGGCUCAGAUGGCGACUGAGGAAGCCAAGCUGGUCUCGGUCAACGAGGGUAUCAAGCGGGCCCUGACCGAGCUGCUCAACUGCGAGACCGUGCGGUCUGACCAGGCGUUCCGAAGCUUCUGCAUGACCAGACUGAUGGAGACAGAGCAGGAGCUUCGGUGUGGCCGCAGGAGGAGGAGCUGCCCUACCGACUGA